AUGGGAAGGUCGAAACAAGGUGCUUGGGUAACGAAGCACAUGUUGGCAGCCGAGAGGCACUGGACAAAGCCAAUGAUUGAGGCUGCAUGGGACUGGGCAAAAGCCCGCAACCUAUGGCGGGUAAACCCUAUCCACAAAGAGGAGGAAAUCAAGGUGGUGUUGGAAGACGCUUUCAAGUAUGCGGAGGAAUCAGGUUUUGAGACCCGCCAAGAAGCCACUAUGGAAAUGGAGGAUCCUGAUGGCAGUCUCCUGGACGGAGGGGACUUGAUCCCGGGCCACCUGUCCAAGUUGUUGCCAGAGGUUGACGACAGCAAGCUGGCGGGGGAGGAUGCUAUGCCCGGGACUGGAGCAAGUUUCAGGCUUGUUUUUCCUACGAUGCAAGAGAACUCCAGCCCACUGAGCGUGAUCACGACCUUCCUGGAAACCUUGGGUAGGAAGAUCGAUAAUGCUGAUCUUGAGAAGGUUCUUGGCUUUCGGAGAGCGAUGAGCCAGGCGUGCAGGGCUGUACGCGCUUUGCAUCGGAGGCAUUCGAUGUGCACCCGACUUCUGGCCUCGAUGAUGCCAGCUGACAUGUACGCUGACAACGACAAGACGUUAGACUCCAUGGCUCAGUUUACCUCCACUGACUUAGAGAAGUGCUUCUUUGAAGGGGUCACCGACACUCAGAUAACAAUUGCAGCGUUCUUGCACCCCGGGGUUUCCUAG